CCUCACGCCCAGCGAGAAUUCGCACCGGCUCCAAGUCCUGUGCAGCGAUGACAGCGUCCAAGAACACGCCGGCGGCAGCUAUUCUUGGCAGGCGCACCACCACGACGUCAGCACACCCCGCGCGCGGGCCUAUAAUCAAACGCAGAUGUCUGGCCUCGCCGCCUUCUCUGUAAACGAUGUCCUCCCUCUCUCCUUCCCCUUCGCCCUCUCCUAAUCCUGUUGUGAACGAAAAGACGACGACGACGACGACGAGUAAUGCUAAUUCUAUGAGUGGUAGGACGACGGCGGGAGAGGAGGGCGCGCGGAGGUUCUCGAGCGCAGAGUCGCAGAACACGGCGACGCCGAUGGUGCGCGACAUGCCGCCGCCGAUAGCCUAUGGCUUCAUGCACCAUCGAAAUUCCAUCCUUGCGUACGUGUUCUUCGUGCUUUUCUGCAACCUCGCGGCGCCGUGUAUACUGUUCUACGUCCUGCGCGAUUACACGAAUUUGAGUAUGCAGAACCUGAUCGGCAUAUCCUCCGCCGCGCUGGGCCUCUCCUCCUGCUUCGACUCGCCCUUCCGCAUGUGGAAACUCUGGAAACACUGGGACGAAUACGGCCCGCUGGGCGACGACAAAAAGUGGCACCUCGACUCGUUCAUGUGGAUCUACUCCACCGCGCUGACGAUCAUGGCGAUCCCGCUCGCCGUUGCGUCCGCGCUCGACCCGCCGCUCGAGGACUUCUUCCUCAUGACGACGCCGAUGCUCGUCGGCCCGCUCGGGCUCUGGUUCUUCUUCAGCCUCUACCCGUGGCGGCUGCCGUUCCGGAUCAGCAGCGACCCCGCGGGGACGCGGAUCAAGCCUGCGAUUUUUUAUAUUAUCGAGGACGUGGGCGCGGUCGACGCGCGGCACGGGCGGCCGUACCGCAAGGCGCUGCACGAGCGGUACGCCGCGUCCCCGCCGUUCCAGCACAUCAUGUGGACGCAGACGCUCUUCUGGGCGGUCGGGUGCGUGAUCUACGUGGGCGUGACGGCGGCGGUGACGUGGACGGCGACGUUCGGGUUCGCGUUCGGGUGGGUGCUCGGGCAGUUCUUCGUGUGGCUGCUCGUGUGGGCGGUCGCGAGCGUGUUCUUGUACUCGUACGGGCUGAAGCGGGAGAGAAGGUGGUGGGCGGAGAGGAAGGGGGAGAAGGCGGCGGCGCAGAUUGCGUGAGGUGGAGAAGGGUGACCAUCCGGAAGGACGAUGUUGAUGAUUGAUUGAUGUAGUAUACCGCUCUUUGCUUGCCCUCGGAUGGUUUGGGGUUUGUAUCGUUAUUGUAACGCACUAGUUAAUUGCUUUGGAGUCAUGUAUUAUGAAUAGAUCAUGUUUGGACGGAGUCGGAGGCGAAAGACGA